AUGGCUAGAGGUAAUCAAAGAGAUUUAGCUAGACAAAAGAACUUGAAGAAGCAACAAGAAGCAGCCAAGAACCAAAAAAAGCAAGGUGAUCCAAAAAAGAGAAUGGAAUCUGAUGCUGAUAUCUUGAGACAAAAGCAAGCCGCCGCUAAUGCAAGAAAAGAAGCAGAGGCUUUAGAAAAAUUGAAAGCUGAAAAGGCAAGAAAAUAA